CAAAAACGUUAACUUCAAAACACGACCUUCUGGAAGAACAGCAAUGUAUGCGUGAAGCAAAUGGAAUUCCAUUAACAUAUAAAGAAGAGCUAGUUAUACUGGCUGCGUAGCGAUUGUGGUAAGGAGCAAGACCACAUUGUGAUAUAUAGAAACCUCUAGAAAAACAUCGAUCACAAAGCGCAAACCAUGAACAAAACAAGAAAAAAGGCAAAGACUUGCAACUAAUUUGGAAAGAAGAUAAUUCAGAGGCAAAAAAUUACUUAGGGAGUUGGUGGCCAUUUCUUGAACAUCAACAGCUUCAGAAAACUUAGAGAGAAAACUUACGCACUAUACAAAGGCGUGGGAAUUGCUUUAUGUAAUAUAGAAAUACUUGGAAUCGGUAACAAAUAAAUGUAAGAAUUGACAGCAACUGUUCCCCCAUUAAAUGGUCUGGCUUGAGGAUGUGUGAAGAAUUAGAGGAAAUAGAAAUGUAACAGAAGGAAAGAACAAUUUAAAUGAAGCAUUUGGAGAUAGGUCAAAGUAAAGAGUUGAUAACGAGGUGAAAAAGCAUUAAUUUUAUCAUUGAUUACAUUUACAAAGGCAAAGAAAAAGAUAAUUGUGAAGUCACAAACUAGAACUUUCAACCGACUUCAUUAUGAAAAGCCAAUUGUCUCCUUCUCUUAACAAAAGCUGAACAGGUUGACACACAGCGUAGAAAAGAUAAGCAGUCCCUUAUCCAACAGAUGCAAGAAAUACUAUCGGAGGAAUUUUAUAAGAAUUUGUAAACAUUUGGAAUGCAGCAUUUCAGAAGAGAGCUGAGACAAGAGAUUUGAACAAGCAAAUGAAUGGAGAAUAGCUUUCCUCGUCACCAUGGCAACGUAAACGUAACCUGCAAACGCAGUUAAUUUGCGGUUCUACAGUUAUUUGUGCUUUGAAAAUUCUACAAAAAUCACCAAUUCGCUCGUCUUAUAGCUACAGGGGAAACAGACAAAGAAGUGUUGACAAGGCCUGAUAUACAUUUGUGAUACUGUUUUGGGGUUGGAAAAGUUAACGAAAAGGGUUAUGCCCAAGCAAUGAAUGUUUACACAAGAACUCCUAAUUUAUUAAAGAAUACAGCGUUCACCGCAUUUGGUGACGAAGAAGUUGUUAUCAGUCCCAGAAAACCACAGGAAAGGAGACUGGAUUUACAAGAAAAAUACAGUGAUUUAGGCGAUUCGUUCUUACCAACCAGCAACGAAAAGGGAACAGAACACAAAAUGGAUUACUGUGAACCAUCUGGGAAUCAGCCGCCGAAACGGCUCAAGAUACCAUCGAAAUUCUUGGAAGAAAAGACAGGAAGAGAAAACGCUGGUACUGCGAUUAUAAAAAAGCAGAAUAAAGAAGCCGGGAAUAAAAGUUUCAAGCUUGGGAAUGAAAGCAGCUCAAAUGGAUUCGAUGGAGGGUAUAAACAGAACAGCAUCAGGGGAGAGACAGCCAAGGACUCUGGAAUAAAAAGAAAAGAGAUUAACGAAAAUAUGAUAAACAAAAAUGAUUCAAACGAUGGGGAUGAUAUUAAUAGGCCUGCAUCAAAACUAAUACAGGACAACCAGAAUCUGCAACAAUUGUUUGACUGUGUGCGUGGCAAAGAACCCGAGGCGCAAGAAGAAAAAAGCGUCGGAAGGCUAUCAAUGCCAACGACAUUUGUUGCACCCGCUUCAAAUGGGAACCCGACAGAGGGAAGCAAUUGGAAGCGGCAAAAGAAAUCAGAUGCUGGGUAUCAGGGUCAUAUGGGAGAUGUCAUGGCCAUUCCGUUUGCUGAGUGGAAGCAGAGUAAGCAUGAAAACGGGGAUAGGGAGGAGACAGUUAGCUUCAGACGGGACAAAGUUUGCGCUGGUGAUGAAGAAAGAAGAGCAGAGGUUGUGAAGGCGCAAUAUGAUAUGACGGGCCAAGGAUUGAUGCGUGAAGACGGGCAGCAAAGGCAGACAGAAAAUGAUGCGAAAAAUUAUUGGUUAAAAAAGGAAAACAUUUCAAAGCAAAUGGCUGGUAAAACUGGUGUUAAAGAAAAUAGGCAAAACGGAGUCAGGCUGACUAACGAAAAAGUGUAUUCGGCCACCAGUUGCUCAACUGAGUUCAAACAAAAACAGUCAUACAAAUCACCUAUACAGGCCUCUGACUAUAGUGAUAUAGUAUUGAAUGGAAUAGCUGGAGAAGGUAAGACAAACGGGGAAACCAGCAUGAAUCAGAAGAGAGACGAUAACGUAGGUGAGAUUAAAUCUGAUGCGGUUCAAACGAAUAACGAAAAUGGUGGCCAAAGUGUCGGUGGGAAUAAACGGGUAGGAAAACUGAAGAUGCCAAAUGCGUUCACAAGUCCGCAAGGAAAUGAAGCUCCAUUGAGAAAAGUACCAGCGGGAAACAGGGUGCAGACGGUCGAGAAUGGAGAUGAAUCGCAGAGGGGCAAUGCGAAAAAGGUUUCUAACACAUCAGGUAGGCCAGUUAGUGAGACAGUAAGCGGAAGAAACGGACAAGGCUAUUUAGCAGAUGAAGAUGAUGUUAUCAGCAAGUUAACUGGAAAUGUCACUGACAAAACCAGACCAAAUGAAGAAUCUGGAGUAAAAGAAAAUGGCAGUUCAAGAGCAGAAGAAGAGAAGAAACCCGUUGGAAAGUUAAAUUUAAAGGCAUUCUUUGAGCCAGAAAAGGCUAAAGUGGAUGAAAAGAAAGAAGAUUCAUUGGUAGCUAAAAACAAAGCAGUGUUUGAUAAAAAGAAAGUUGAGAAGAAAAGCGUGGGAAAAUUGCGGUUGGGAUCUUCAAAGAGCGAGAGGUACGAAGAAAUUGACAAUCUUAGUCCUGAGAGACAGCUUCCUUCGAGCAUGACCAAUCAAAUGAAGGAUAAAUUAGAGAGAAUUCUUCAAGGCCGCUCUGGAUCAGUUUCAAGUCAAACUUCUUCAUCUUCAACAUCUUCAAAGAAGAAUGAAACUAAAGAGAUCGGAAGAUUGUCUUCAUCAAGCAUAUCUUCAUUGAGCACUUUGUUUAGCACUCCAAGAGAUGAAGAUACUGGCAACAAAAGUGAAGAUGAUGUCUUUGAGGGUAAUAAUGAAAAUGGUGAAGAAAAUGGUAAGGUGAACAGCGGAAGCCUAGAAUUUCAGUUAGGAAAUAUAUUCCAGAACAGGUUAGCAUCAAGCAACAGCACAACGUCUAGCAUGAGUGGUUCUCUGAAUGCCUCGUUCAAUGCUGGAGGGAGUGAGACGGAUACUUCUAGGAACGAGGCGGAAUUUGAAAGAACCGAAGAUGAAGCUCAACAAGAACAAGAGUCUAGGUCUGAUUAUUCAAGAAAAGAAGACGCAGAGAUGGAUAAAACUGAGAGGCGGAAAAUGAUAACUGAUGCUAUAAAAACUAGAUAUGAAGAAAAAUCCGAGGAAGAGAAUACCAGCAUUGAAGUUGAAUCUUCUUUACCUAUAAGCACAUUUGAAGAAGAAACAGAAAGUAAUGAUCAGCCUGUUUCUGAAAAGCGAGAUAAUGAACAGGCUGAAGAUCCAGCGCGUUUUAAGACAGAAGCGACUAAAAUUAAAGAAGAAACGGAAACAGAACAAAUGGGAGCACCAAAACGGGGAAAGAUUGCCAUUCCAUCUGUUUUCGGAAACACUGGAAACGAAAGUUUCAAGAAGCGUCAAGAACCUAUCACAAAAAGUGCUAUCAAAAGUAAAGGACCCAAGGAAGAGGCUGGCAAAACACCCAAUAAUAAGAUAAACAACACAAUAAAGGAAUGUGAUAAAGAACAAAAUGAAAACAUGAGCCCAAUACAAACAAAAGGACAGAAUACUGCAUCAAGUUUUCAGGCUAAUGGAAACACAAAGCAAAAUAGCAAUGGAAAACAUACAGAUGCGAAUAAUACCAACAAAGUCAGCUUUGAAAGAAAAGGGGUUAAUGAAAUUAAUUUACCAAAGAAAGUGAACUUUCAGCAGCAGGUCGGGAUCAUCGGCGAGGGACGAGAAGUUAAGAAUACAAAUAUCAAGGGCACUGGAACAGGGAAAUUGUCAUCAUCGCUGAUGCAGUCAUUCCAGCGCACAGAUGAAGAUAAUACAAAGCCAUUUAUGAAGCGGCCACCAACACCCGGUCGUCCUACGCAAUCCGGAAGAUGGAACGAGAAGAAGGAUCAAGCUCCAAUCUUCGAAGAAGAUGCUGAGCCGAAAAAGGCUGUUGGCACUCAGAAUAUUCUUAGACUAGAUGACGUAGAGGAGGAUCAAAAUUCAAAGCAAAUCGACAACAACGAAAACGUCAUGAGCUGGAUAGGGAGUUCAGCAGAAGACUUUACUGCUAAAAGCCAAGAGAAACAAAUCUCGGACACGGGAAAGAAAAGAACAGUUGGAAAGUUGAGUAUACCAUCUGCUUUUAAGUAA